UGGCAGACAGACGGUUGUUUACACUUGUUGCAAUGGCGACCGUCACUGAACUGAAGUGUGCCGUGAGGGACACGCUGGAGUCCCGUGGUGUGCUGGGCCAGCUGAAGGCUCGUAUCCGGGCAGAGGUGUUCAGCGCCCUGGAUGACCAGCGUGAAGCUCGUCCGCCGCUGUCCCACGAGAACCUGCUCAUCAACGAGCUCAUCCGGGAGUACCUGGAGUUCAACCAGUACCGACACACCGCGUCCGUGCUGACAGCAGAAUCAGGCCAACCUGAUGUUGCCUUGGACAGGCAGUUCUUGGCGAAUGAGCUGAAAGUCACAGAGGAUGCGAGCUCCAAGUCUGUACCUCUCCUCUAUGGCUUGAUGUGCCACUUCGUGAGCAGCAGUGAUGCUGGUGGGAAGGUGUUUCUGCGGGGGGCCUCUCUGCCAGCUGCUACUCCUGCCAGCAGCACUGGACCUGGACCUGAUGCCUAACACUUGAUGCCCCAAGUAGUGCCACAGGAGGGACUAAAACGAAGCCUUUACAGACUCUUUAAGUGACAGAAUCUUAUUGUUCAUAGUGUUUCACUGGUGUAAUCGACAGGCGUUGACUAUAGGAAAUCUGCUGGUACAGAUGCUCAAAUUCUUUGUGUUGAUUCGUGCCAAUGAUCCCAGAUGGCCUUUUUGUUUGGCUUUGAAUAUCUGGUCACGGUGCUGCUUGCAUUAAUCCAGGUUUCUCAUUGUCUUGAGACAACGUUCCUUGAUGUCUUCUCUAUUUUAAUUCACAAAUGUUUUAUACUUUCAUCUUGUCUCUUUGUUGUCUAAAAUUAAAUGUUUUAUAUUUAUUUGUUUCAUUGAAUCAAAACAUUUGUGUAAGUGCUAUUUAAUUGGCUACCACACGGUGGCAGCUUCUCCUAAAACAAGGAUGAAGGUUGCUGUUGCUGAAGCCUCACAGCCUCUCUCUAUGUGGUGUUGUGCAUAAAUACAGAGUCCUCUAACAAGAUUAAGAUGCUGGUUAGAGGGAUUUUACUACAUAUAUGUUUAUUUUAAACAUUUGUAAAGUGUAUCGCUUGUAAUCACACCUGUAUUUGCAGGUACAGUUGUUACUUUUGAGCAUUAGCUUUCUGCAGUGCAGUUCAUCACAGCAUUGAAUAAGCAGCGGGAGGUUUCUAAAGUCACACUAAGCUACUUUCCUGUUAUUGUCUCCACAUUGUGGUGCUCAUUGUGUCGGUCUGUGCAGCAUGUUGCCCCGGCCCCAGUACGACUCGACCCUUUUCUGUCCGUAAUAGUCAGAGACCUCAUUAAGAUGUUUCUCACAUAGCUGAUGUUCCACAUGUUUAUGCUUAGAUGAAGAGAAAAUCCUCCAAAUAUGUUUUAUAGCUACGCUCCUGCUCGUUCACCUCUUUUGCUGUGUUGUCUGCAGGGACUGUGAAGUCGUCAUGAUCUCCUUUCAGCCACUCAUAAAAGAUAAAUCAACAAAAGCAUGUAUACAAUAAAGGAACAAGACACAUAAAGAACAACCACCAUAAUGUGUCCCGUGCUGGACACAUAAACAUCUUCCGCAACAAGCCCAUGCUCUUUGCAUCUCAUUUCCUCUCUCACCAUUUAUGGGAACUUGAUGCUCUUAUCACGACUUAAAGUCCUGAGUUUCUGGAACUGAUUAUCUGCGGAGGCCAGCCAUCUAUUUCCCAGCCUCGUCACGUAGUUGAAUAUAAUCCAUGUCUAAAUUAUUUUUAAACUUUUUUUCUGUCUCCUCGACCAUAUCUGCAUCUCUCAGUCUUGAUUUUGGAGUCUUUGAUAGAUGAGAUCACAUAGCUCUCAAAUAAGCUCAUUGACAGAAUCAGGUCAGAACGUGCCGCACACACACUGUGUAUUUCACUGAAUUUACCCGAGCCUCUGAUAAGUGUGAGUUGCUCGCUGUAACGACGAAAUGUAACCAUUUACCAUCAGCGAAGCUUCUUGCAACACGAUGUAACGCACACUUGACUUCAUACAGCGUCCUAGUUUAUUGCUUCUUAGUCCAAUUAGAAACCAUGUGCUGUUGAGUGCAUGUGCAGUCACAGCGAGCCUCAUCUGGGACAUUUGAUUUUACAUUGCUCCAUUGGAGCAAACAUUUAUUUGCCCUUAAAGGCUUGUUGCCCUGAGGCGCCUAGUUUAUUGGCACCGCAUAUCAGCGUUCCCUUGAAAAUGGCUAUAUAAGCGGAGGAAGUUGAACAAUGGCACAUGGUUGUUCAAUUGGCAGGUUGCCCUAUAAUAGGUAGCAUUUCUCCUGCACUGUAUAAAUUAGUGGUGUGUAAAAGAGACAGCUGUAUAAAUACUACUGAAUGCAGUGGUCUUUGGACUGCAGCAGAGUGAACUGAUGUUUGCUCCUGGGCUCAAAUUAGAAAGCAACUGCAUUCCACGAGGGUCAAACAUAUCCAUAAACAUAUUUUCUCUCCAAUAGAU